AUGAAUAGGGUUUGUCUUUGUUCAAUUCUACAUUCAGCUCCCGUGAAGAACUUCAGUGGUUCCAGCUACAUUUUCUAUGGGAGCAAUGGUAACCGGUACAAUUGGGAAAGAAGCAAAACAAUAUGUGAACAGUCUGGAUAUAACCUUGUUUCUAUUGAGAGUCGUGAGGAGUGGAACUUCCUGAAUCGAACCAUCCAAAAAGAAGAUACCACUGAAUACCUCAUAGGAUUGAGGAAGGAUGCAUCAACGAAAGUGUGGAGAUGGUUAAGUGAUAACAGCACAGUCAAUGCGUCCAAUAAAGGACAUUGGCCCUGGGCAAAAGGAGAACCUAAUGGCAAAUAUAAGAACUGCGCGCUAAUGUACAGAGAUUAUCGUAAAGACUAUGGGCUCUAUAAUGAUGUAAGCUGUACUUCACCCGAAUCCAAAGCAGGAUUCAUAUGUGGUAAUAGACCCUUUAUUCACAUUACACAAAACUGA